AUGGCUUCCUUGAGUUUCGGAGCGCUCGGUUUGGUGUCUUGUUCGCAGAUAGCUGUCCAGGUAUUCGUGAGAGGUGCGGCAGAUCUGCAAGAUCUCUUGAACAAUGAACCGCUUGCAUGGAGCGACGUUCUAGCGCGACAGGGCAACUCGAAGCCCCGUUCGCCUUCUGCGGAGCGCACAAUUGCCAGAGCUCGGGCUGGCGGCAUCGGAGGCCGCGCGACCCCUCGGGACGGCUCUGAGUCUUAUCUUGAUCGUGUGCCCAAGCAAAGAAAGCCUUGGGACCUGCAGGGGCAGUGGAAAGAUAAGCUGAGCGGUGCGGGCCCGAAGUCAAACCCUUUCGGCACAACGGCAACGCUGGAAGAUGUGCUCAGCAAGGUGCCCAGCCGUAAAACUGGUGUCGGUGGCUCUUGGGCUCGUUUAGCCCCUCGUCGCCCCGCUGGCUUUGAUAAUAGGCAGUUUGGGGAUUGA